AUGUACUAUCCACAGAAUCUUGUCCGUUGGCUGGCCGCCAUUGCCGUUGGCAUGGGAUUCGUCCUGGGCGCAAGUGAUGAUGCUGCGUCGCAGAAGGGGCUGGAUGGCUACGAAUGCGCGCAUCCGCCGUACAAAAUGCACCUGUUGAGCAAGUCGCCCCUGGUCAUUUACCUUGAGGACUUCAUCACCGACGAGGAGCGGCUACACCUGCAAGCGAUUGCAGACGGCCACUUCAAGCACUCGGCCGUCCUCAAAGGCGGCAACUCGGCCAUCCACUCCGUCCGCACCUCCCAGUCCACCACCGUCGCCCGCGACGCCGUCGUGCGCUGCAUCGAGGCGCGCGCCCUCGCCUUCCAGGGCUUCGACGUGCCCGAGUCGCACCUGGAGCCCAUCCAGCUGGUCAAGUACGCCGUCACGGAGCGCUACCACUUCCACACCGACUGGUUCACCGAGCCGUCUCACGCGGCCGCGUCGCUGGGCGGCAACCGCAUCAGCUCCUUCUUCGGCUACGUCAAGGCCGACAACGUCACCGGCGGCGGGACCAACUUUCCCAUCCUGGAUGCGCCGAGGGACGAGCGGUGGUGCAGCCUUCCAACUACAGCCCAUCUCACUCUUCUUUCCAAGCAUCUCACGGACAACACAUCUGUUUCCUCAUCAAAACGAACCAUGUGUCAAACCAAGCCCACAGACGUCCCUUCCACUCUACUCCUCGAUGGCAUCGCCACCGCAAACAAAUACUACCACGAGAGCCUCUGCGCUCGCGGAAUGGACCUGACGGAGUACAAGAAAAGGGGCUUCGACCCUCGGCCGUACAUGAUCGGCUCGUUUGCCGGCAAUAAAGUGCAGCGUAAUGAUGGUCCCGCCGUGGCGCCUCCAGCACCUCCGAUUCCUCUGCAGACGUUUGGUAACGCUGUGUAUGGUGGUGCCGCGGGCAAUGAGGGCACCGCUCCGCCGGUCGAAGGACAGCAGCAGGACGAAGACAACGAGGAGCGCCAGUCCGUGAUGGAUAUGGCUUCUCUGUUCCGAGGUUCUGCGGACGGCAGAGCGGAGACGGCAUUCGAGGGCGAAGGCUCCGGCCGUCACUCGGCAGACGCAGCGUCCGUGAACCAGAACCCCCUGGGCAACCCGGUGACCACUUCGACAGGCACUGGAUAUGCGGCCAAUCCGGACAUGGUGGCUGACAUGGCCUAA